AUGGUCUUGAUUCGAUCCAUUCUUCUUGCUCUUCUCGGCGUUGCCGCUGCAGUCUCAAAUCCUGUUGCAGAAAUAGGCAAUAUUGACGUUGAGGCUCGUUCACCUUCUCCCAACUCGGAGCUAGCCGUUCGUGACAGUACCCCAAACUCGAGCGGGUACAAGGACGGGUACUACUACUUCUUUGAGAGCGAUGGCCUUGGAAAUGCGACCUUCACCAAUGGUCCUGGUGGCUCGUACGCAAUGACCUGGUCCGGAAUGGGCCUUUCAAUCGGAGGAAAGGGAUGGAAUCCAGGCGGCACAAGGAAAUUCCACUACUCAGCCGUGUACCGUCCCAGCGGAAACAGCAUGCUCGAGGUAUACGGCUGGACAACAGACCCCCUUGUCGAGUAUCGCAUCAUCGAAAACUUCGGGACUUAUAAUCCGGGGUCGGUGGCGCAAACCAAGGGCAAAUAUUCAACAGACGGCUGCGAGUACACGGUUGGCAAUGUCACGCGAUACAAUCAACCCUCCAUCCAAGGUAUCAAGACAUACCAGCAGAUCUGGAGCGUGUGUUGGAAUAAAAGACGGAAUGGAACAAUCUCGCUAUCCAACCACUUCGACGCAUGGAAGCGACUCAAGUUGGCUCUCGGUCGGCACAAUUACCAGAUUUUCGCUCUCGAAGCCUACUACAGCAGCGGAAGCGUCAACGUGACUAUUUGGUAA